AUGGCCGCCAUCAUGGAGUACAACGGCCUCUUGCCUCUGGCGCUGCUGGCAGGGUGGUGCGCCCUCGCGACGGCGCUAGUCUUGGCCAUUUCCGCGUGGCUGCAGCGGCCGCGCCGCGUCGCGGAGGCCUUCCGCCGGCAGGGCAUCGACGGCCCCCCGCCGCCGUCGUUCCUGUCGGGUAACCUCUCGGAGAUGCAGGCGAGGGCGGCUGCCGCGGCGGUGGCGGAGGCGGCCGGCUGCCGCGACUUCCAGAAGGAAGGCUUCGACGACUACUGCAAGAAGAUCUUCCCCUACUUCGAGAAGUGGAGGAAAGCCUACGGCGAGACGUACCUGUACUGGCUACGCCGCCGGCCGGCGCUGUACGUGUCGGACCCGGAGCUGAUCCGCGAGAUCGGGCGCUGCGUGUCGCUGGACAUGGGCAAGCCCACCUACCUACAGAAGGGGCAGGAGCCCCUCUUCGGCCGCGGCGUCCUCAAGGCCAACGGCGCCGAGUGGCAUCGCCAGCGCAAGCUCAUCGCCCCCGAGUUCUACAUGGCCAAGGUCAAGGGCAUGGUGGAGCUGAUGGUGGACGCGGCGCAGCCGCUGAUGACGUCGUGGGAGGACAAGGUCGCCGCCGCGCCGGGUGGCGUCGCGGAGCUCGACGUGGACGAGGACAUCCGGAGCUUCUCCUUUGACGUCAUCUCCAGGGCCUGCUUCGGGGGCGACUACUCCAGGGGGCGGGAGAUCUUCCUCCGGCUCAGGGCGCUGUCGGGCCUCAUGUCCGAGACCAGCGUCAUCUUCACCAUCCCGUCGCUCAGGCACCUGCCCACGAAGAAGAACCGGAGGAUCUGGAAGCUCACGCACGAGAUCCGGUCGCUGAUCCUGCAGCUGGCGACCGAGCGCAAGGUGGCGGCGCCGGCGCCCGGCCGCGACUUCCUGGGCUCCAUCAUCGACAGCAGCCGGGACCAGCCGCGCGCGGACGACUUCGUUGUGGACAACUGCAAGAACAUCUACUUCGCGGGCCACGAGACGAGCGCGGUCACCGCGACGUGGUGCCUCAUGCUCCUCGCCGCGCACCCGGAGUGGCAGGACCGCGCGCGCGCCGAGGCCCUCGACGUCUGCGGCGGCGCCGCGGCACCAGACUUCGACGCGGUCGCCAGGAUGAGGACGCUGCACGCGGUGGUCCUGGAGACGCUGCGCCUCUUCCCGCCGUCGUCGUUCGUGGUGCGGGAGAUGUUCCGCGACAUGCAGCUCGGCAGCAGGCUGCGCGCGCCCAAGGGCACCUACCUCUUCGUGCCGGUGUCCACCAUGCACCACGACGCCGCCGUCUGGGGCCCCACGGCGCGCCGGUUCGACCCGGGAAGGUUCCGCGACGGCGUGGCGGCCGCGUGCAAGCACCCGCAGGCGUUCAUGCCCUUCGGCCUCGGCGCGCGCACCUGCCUCGGACAGAACCUCGCGCUCGUCGAGGUCAAGGCGCUCGUGGCGCUCGUCCUCGCGCGCUUCUCGCUCGCACUGUCGCCGGACUACAGGCACGCCCCCGCAUUCCGGUUCAUCAUCGAGCCGGAGUUCGGCCUGCGCCUCCGCGUGCGCCGCCUCGGCCACUGA